UUCUUUCCAUCUAAUAUCGCCAUUGUCGGUGUGCAUCUCUCCAGACUUCCCAUUUGGUUCACUGGAGAAGCCAACUAUACCCUAUCUCUCAGCCUCCUCCUGGGAACCUUCUAAGGCAGUCGGUAGGGUGCAGAAACAAACGUCCCAAAGAGCCAAGCCGAUAGUCUUUCCAAGGGGAUCAACAAGAACCUGCAGCUUGAUCUCUGCAAUCCCUUCUACAUCCCCUCUGUGGUCAAAGCUGAAGGUACCCACCUCCAUCCCCUUUGAUUCCUUCUCCUCGACCACAGACAGCAGGAGGGAAACAAGAAACAAAGGAAUCUAGCUACAUGGCAGAUGUAUACUAGAAGUUAGAAUAGCUACCACUUGCAGUUCUGUUUUCUGUUCCUAAGAGGAGGCUUUGCGAGUUCAAACACAUCAGAUGGAGUUCAGUAUCAGAAGAGAUGGUUUUUACAUGACCGAGGAAGAAAAGCAGGAGGAGAACUCCAAAUACCUGUCCUUUGUUCCUUUAUCUUCUUCCUUUUCCUCGUCAUCGACGUCCAAUGCGUUCAGAUGGCAUGUUGGUCCGUCCGAUAGCGUAGGCCGCAGCGCCAGUGAUGGCUGCAACGAGAGCAAUUUCUUCACAGGUAAGGAGCACAUGUUUGACAAGGUGGUUACGCCCAGCGAUGUUGGCAAGCUGAACCGACUUGUGAUCCCGAAGCAGUACGCCGAGAAGUAUUUCCCCCUUCACCAAACGGCCAACGAGAAGGGGAUGCUGUUGAGCUUCGAGGACCGCCUGGGAAAGUCGUGGCGCUUCCGCUACUCCUACUGGAACAGCAGCCAGAGCUACGUCAUGACCAAGGGCUGGAGCCGCUUUGUCAAGGAGAAGAGGCUCGAUGCCGGGGAUAUCGUCUCCUUCGGCCGUGGUGUCGGCGACUCCGGAGGUGAUCACCUCUAUAUCGACUGGAAGCGACGGCCAGACAACCAUGAUCUACCCCGACUUCCACGAAUUCCUCUCGCGGGUGUAUCCUUGGGGCGGCCGUCAGGGCCGUGGAGCGGCAGCCCGUUCCUCAUCCCUCCACCGGCAGUUUUCGACCACCGCCGCCCAGGUUUCGACUAUAAUGCCAUGAACUCGGGUACCACUAGCGGAGAUCAGUUUCUCUUCUUCGGAUCUUCGUUGGCAGGGCCACCACAGUUUGGGGUGCAACAAGGCAGCGGCCCUCCGAUGGCCUUUGUUAAUUCGCUACCACUUCUCGGCAACCAGGCUGCGGCCAAGCGUGUUAGGCUGUUCGGCGUCAACCUCGACUGCCCCGAAUCUGGUGGAGUACCUGCGAGCGCAUCGCAGUUGCAGUUGAGUUCUAGUCUUCCCUUCCUCCCCUUUCCUCAUGAGAGCAUCGGGUCCUCGGCAGCUCCGUCAUCAACGAGCAAGGAGCAGCACUUAUCGUUGGAUCUUGACUUGUGAAGAAGAAGAGCAUGAGAAGAGAGAGACGUCACCCGCCACCUACCUGAGUAAUUGAGAUGAAUACUGAACUGAAUGUGAGAAGAUCUUGAAAGUUCUUUCUGCAUCGAAGGAAUGGAAUAAUAGACAGUAAUUUUUGUCUUUCUUCUUGCGAUCUUCUAUUCUAAUUGUACGUAUUUUGAUUAACAUAUUGACCGCAUCUAUGAUCAGAUGUCUAAACCAUGCCGAAAUCUAUUGAUGCAAAACCAUAUAUCACUCAAGACUGCUUGAUUAUGUUCCUUUCAGAGGAGUUUAUUCUUUGUCAGGUUAUUUCGGGAUCAUCUUCUGCAGGUAUGUCUAAACUAGUCCACAUGCGUUAGAAUGCAACACAGGAUAUGGAGCUAUAGAGGUUGAAUGCAAAUAUUUUUCCGCCCACUUCUUAUCUCAUAAUUCAGUACUCCAAAUUCGUCUGUUGCUCGCUUUGCCAGUCACUGUGUGCUAUCAUACAUGCACCGUGUGUUAUCAUACUGUCACUGUGUUGCUUCCAUUUUCUUCUGCUUCUUUUAUGUGGAAAAACAAAGUAAAAAGGGUAAGCCAAAGUUCAUGAGCUUAAUAUACCUUCCAGGAUCCAUUAAUGGUGUCUGUUGAUCUUAAAUGUGGCAGACAGUGAAUAAAUAGUUGCUUAUUAACAUUGCGGAGGAUUUGCUUUGUAGCAUUUUAGUGCAAUUUAU